GGGCAGUUUCUCCCAUUCUUCUUUGCAGGACCUCUCAAGCUCCAUCAGGUUGGAUGGGGAGCGUCGGUGCACAGCCAUUUUCAGAUCUCUCCAGAGAUGUUCAAUCGGGUUCAAGUCUGGGCUCUGACUGGGCCACUCAAGGACAUUCACAGAGCUGUCCACUCCUUUGUUAUUUUGGCUGUGUGCUUAGGGUCGUUGUCCUGUUGGAAGAUGAACCUUCGCCCCAGUCUGAGGUCCAGAGCGCUCUGGAGCAGGUUCUCAUCAAGGAUGUCUCUGUACAUUGCUGCAGUCAUCUUUCCCUCGAUCCUGACUAGUCUCCCAGUUCCUGCCGCUGAAAAACAUCCCCACAGCAUGAUGCUGCCACCUCCAUGCUUCACUGUAGGGAUGGUAUUGGCCAGGUGAUGAGCGGUGCCUUCAGGCCAAAUAGUUCAAUCUUUGUUUCAUCAGACCAGAUCAUUUUGUUUCUCAUGGUCCGAGAGUCCUUCAGGUGCCUUUUGGCAAACUCCAGGCGGGCUGUCAUGUGCCUUUCACUGAGGAGUGGCUUCCGUCUGGCCACUACCAUACAGAACUGAUUGGUGGAGUGCUGCAGAGAUGGUUGUCCUUCUGGAAAGUUCUCCUCUCUUCACAGAGCAACACUGGAGCUCUGUCAGAGUGACCAUCGGGUUCUUGGUCACCUCCCUGACUAAGGCCCGUCUCCCCCGAUCGCUCAGUUUGGCUGGGCGGCCAACUCUAGGAAGAGUCCUGGUGGUUCCAAACUUCUUCCAUUUACGGAUGAUGGAGGCCAAUGUGCUCCUUGGGACCUUCAAUGCUGCAGAAAUUUUUCUGUACCCUUCCCCAGAUCUGUGCUACAAUCCUGUCUCAGAGGUCUACAGACAAUUCCUUGGACUUCAUGGCUGGGUUUGUGCUCUGACAUGCACUGUCAACUGUGGGACCUUAUAUAAACAGCCUCCUCCUGGCAUGUGCGGUGUCUCUCAGCAGCUGUGCUGUGAUCCUAGAGAAUGGGAUGCCCAUCCUGUGGGCUCAAACGGCCGGCCAAGUGACUGACCUGCCGAUACAGGACGCCGUUCUGACACCCGACCCCUGGCACUUCCUUCACCGCAUGAGUCUUAACCGGCUGAUGAUUGCUGCCACAGACCCAUUUAUGGGAUCCAUGGGGACAAAUGCCACAGACAGUCCACUGUGGGGACUGCCACUGCAGCUUGGAUGGAUGCUAACAUCUGGUCGUCUCGCUGACCCCACUGGUGCUACAACCUGCGGCCUUCAAACAGGAGAUACUAUGUGUGUUUCUACUCAUAGCUGGUGGGGAUGUGUGAACUACUUUGCCACUGUACUUCCCUUCCUGUCCGCUGCACAGCAGGGCUUAAUGGGAGAAGGAUUUCAGGUCCAGAUGCAGGUCCCCGCAGGUGUACAGGACUAUUGCACAACAUAUGCUGACUGUGUAACUAGCCACCCUGACGCCAUGUCCAAGUGGGAUGCCUUCUUCCAGGGUCUGAAGGCUGCGACUGAGUCUCCUCUCCCUGAAAAUGAGAAGAAAGACUCCAUCCUCGGUCUCUACUGGGACGGACAAAUGGCUUCAACUUCUGCCUCUGCUGCCUGCAACGCCAAGCAGAGCCACUACUCCUCUGUAGAGCAGUCAUUUUCUAAGAGCUGGCAGAACUCAGCCGACUACGUCGCUGCAGCACAUUUCCAAUCCAAUCUGGAAAAAUCUGUAAUGUUCAUGAACCCUCUCCCAGGUCGCAUUUUACAGGAGGGCGACAGUGCACCUAACAUAGCCGAUCUGAGUGAUGCGGAGAACCACACACUAUAUGUUUUCUCCUGGAUGACCAACAUCAACAAUAUACUGGGUGGGUCACUUGUGCGUAUGUGGAAAAAUGCCAUGUGUUCAGUGACAACAAGAGAGAAAGGCAGAGAGAUGCUGGAGCAGCUCCUUCUGAAUCCCAGAUUCGCCACAAGCACUUUCCUGUCCAUCGUCACUGGAAUGGCUGGCUGCUAAAACAAACUCUCACAAACAGAGAGAAAUAUCAACUCCAUAUAUGUAGUCACUUUCUCAUCUCAAAGUUAAAGACAAAUGUGCAUUUUUUUUAACAUAGUACAGGAUUACUUUUGCUUUUCUCGGAGGGAGGUUACACUAAGAGAAGAUAUUUGCAAUUCAAAAAGACAUAACUGACAUUUUGUAAGUAAAGUAAGAUAUGUCAUUACUUGGAAGGUGUUUUAUAUUACAGUUUAAAGAUGGUAGUCUUCUGUCUGUCUUUGUUUUCAUCACUCUCUUGUGGAUACAUAUACCUCAAUAAAGCA